AUGGCCAGCUGGCUGCUGCCAACCUCCCGAAGAACAAAGACAUCAAAAGAGAGCUGUGCGGCACAACAGAAGACUCGAGUAUUGAGCGGAGAAAGAGAGGCAAGAAAGGGAUCUAUCUGUUUCAUUUUGUCAAGCUUUAAAGGACAUCAAAACGUUACCAUGACACUACGAAUCACCAGAGCGGUCAACAUGAUGAGCGCAGCUCAUCGAUCGGUGCAAAGAGGGAAGACAUCCGCUACUAAUGUGGCGAAGGACGAAUACGCUCCACACAUGGUGAUGGUUGCUACUGUCGCGGUGACGGGUUUUGUGGGAGGAUGCAAAGUUGGACGGUAUUAUGUGGACCAGACAGAAGGCUGA